CACCAUACUUCUCUGGUUAAAAGGUUUCCCGCUGAUUCUGAUGAUCUCUUCUUUCUGAAAACACGCGGGUAAAAAAGACCACGUGUGGCGGGUAACAGUGGACGAUUUAUAAACAGCGGAUUACCGGUAAAUAAGAAUACACGACACUUUCAGCCAUGACAAAGGUCACAGUGGUAAAUCUACCAGACAUGGGUGCCCAGGAGGUCUACCAUCCAUGUGACAAUGAGGAGAAAGGCGGGAAGAUUGCAUUUAACUCCCCUCCUUCCUUAGAUGAUAUUGACAACUCUGAUGUGUUUAACCCCCCUGCCUGUGUAGAUGUUCAUGACAAGUCUCAUUAUGUCCUUGUUUUAAAGGAUGACCCUGAUACACCUAGUGUUGAAUCAGACGACUCCAGUGAAACCUCCGGAGCGUUCAUGAAUGUUUUUAGAAAUGUUGUGGAAGUGCACACAUACAUAGAUAACUGCAUCACCAGGCACAAAAGGUUGCUGGGAUAUAUAUGUAUUGCUAUAGUGACACUGGCGGCUGCUGCUUACUUCAUAGCAGCCCUUGUCAUCCAUAAUCGCCAGGAGACCCCCAGUCUCCGCCCCUUGGUCACCCUGGCGGUUGCCAUAGUGACAUGCCUAGUAGUGUGGCUGGUGAAGUCAAAGUGUGGCAGGCAGAUACAGAGAUUGACGAUGAGGCUUAGACAGAUAUUCAAUAAGAAAGUGAUGAAGGUUUUCAACAUGGUGAUUGCACUAGUAGCAUUCAGUGGAAUCCUCUGUGUCCUUGUCUUCACCUGCGUUCAGUCGCCUGGCAACCUGUUUUCCCUCCUGGGGUUUGGAAUCUUCGUGCUGUUUCUAUGGUUCCUGUCAGAACAUCCAACCAAGGUAAACUGGAGGCCCGUUUUGGCUGGAUUCUGUCUGCAAUUUUACCUGGCCUUGCUUAUCUUACGCUGGAAUUUUGGGCGGAGCCUAUUUGAGUGGGUGGGGCAAUGCAUGCAGAAAUUCCUCAACUUUGCAGAUUCAGGCUCAGCAUUUGUGUUUGGACAAAACUUCAAGGAACACAUGUUUGCCUUCAAGGUUCUGCCAGUGAUUGUGUUUUUUAGCUGCACAAUCAACGUACUGUACUACAUGGGUGCCAUGCAGCAGCUGAUGAGUAAAAUUGGCUGGGUACUGCAGAAAGUGCUGGGAACCACUGCCCCGGAGUCACUUUGUGUGGCUGGAAAUAUAUUCAUUGGAAUGUCAGAGGCCCCUAUCAUGAUUCGCCCGUUCCUGUCCAAGAUGACUCGCUCUGAACUCAACGCCAUCAUGACGGGCGGGUUUGCCACAAUAGCAGGGGGUGUCAUGGCCGCCUAUAUAACAUUUGGGGUGGCACCAGAGCACCUGCUAUGUGCCUCGGUGAUGAAUGCUCCCUGUGCACUCGCUAUUUCCAAGCUGCUGUACCCUGAAACAGAGGAGAGCGAGAUGAAGAAAAUAUCAGACAUCCACUUCGGGGAAAGGAAGGAGAGGAAUGUUAUAGAAGCAGCGGCGGCCGGAGCAUCUGCCUCCAUCAAGCUUGUGGCGAACAUCGCAGCCAAUCUAAUCGCAUUCAUAGCCGUGUUGUCGUUCGCGGAUGCCAUGUUGUCGUGGUUUGGCAGCUACGUUGGGUACCCAGGACUCUCUUUCCAGUUGGUUCUCUCCUACGUAUUCAUGCCCGUUGCCUUCCUGAUGGGUGUGCCGUGGGCAGACGCUGGGGUGGUGGGCAAACUGAUUGGCAUCAAGACCUUCCUCAACGAGUUCCUGGCCUACCAGGAGCUGUCUGGCUACCUUGACAACCGCCGCAACUGCCAGGGAGACAUGAUCUCAGAGAGAGCCAGUAUCAUAGCAACCUAUGCCUUGUGUGGCUUUGCCAACCUGGGGUCACUAGGGGUCACACUGGGAGCCCUGACCCCCAUGGCCCCAGAACGACGCGGGGAUCUUGCUGGGACUGUCAUGAAGUCCCUUCUGGGAGGAAUCAUGGCCGGACUGAUGACAGCAUGUGUCACAGGUUUGCUACUAGUGGAAUCUCCCAAUGAUGUGUGUGUCCACGGCAACUCUACAGUGACCUUGAUGCCAAAUAUCACCAUAGUAACACAUAAUGCUACCAUAGCAACAGGCACAUUAGUUUCUAGCAAUGUGACCUAUAUUUUUAAUGGCACAUUUGUUUGAUAGAAAUUUUUAUAUCUAGCACAUGUUUGUUUGGAUAUUAUGCAAGUGUACCUGAGCGAUCAAAGAUGCUCAAAUUUAUUUUUAGUAUUUCAACACGAUCAAAGGAAGUGAGUGGUGAUUUUUUUGCAAUAGAUACAUAAUUGACAAGUAGAGCAAACAUGCAAGUAUUGGGACCAACAAAAUAUGAUUCAAUUUUAUAAUUGUGUACAUAUUGGGACCAAUAUGAUGCAAUUAUAUCAUUUUUGACAGUGUUUUAAAAGUUUUAUUUUUUGUAAUUCUUCUUCAUCUGUUUACUUUGCUUUAAUGCAUUAACAAUAAGUCACCAACCUUAGCAUUGAUAACUCGAUAACACUUGAAAAUCUUAUAACAGUGCAACAAAGAUCCUGUGAAAUGUAAAACAAUCUUUGGAUGCCAUCUUGGUUUCCAUGGUAACAUGCUGUCACUAAAAUUGAAAUUCAGACAUCUCAUUUAUUGAAUAUGCAAAGUAACUGCUAGUAAAUGGGCUAAACUAUAGCAUAUAAAGGAUAUUCUUUCCAAAGCCUCAAUAUGGAAACCUUGAUAACUCGAGAUCUUUGAUAAUUCAAGCAUGUCUACAGUUACCCCGGCGCAAUCUGGAUUAAACAGUUCGUUUUAUUUAAAAUAUUAAACAUGAACAAAUUAUAAGUAAUUUUUUUUUAGGAAAAUAAUUGUUUGGGAUAUUUGUUCCUACAGUUAUACAUUUAAAAUAAUGUGUUGUCACUGUCAAUCAUUUUGCAGGAUACACAAUAGGUAGUGUAUUGUUGAUUAACAGAAUGUAUGUUUGUGUGUAUUACUUGACAUUCAUUUUACAAGUGUUUUUAAAACACAUGAGCUCAAUCAACUGUAAAUGCAGCCCAUUUUAAUUUAUUUACCAUUAAUAUUUUAACAUGAUAUUUAUUUCAUUGAACCUCAUGGUAUAAUUCUGAUAAAAUAUGCUUUUAGUCAGUUACAUUUUGUUAUUUUAUGAAUUGCUAUGUACGUAAAAACAUCGAUUUUCUUUUAUUUUAAAACUUUCCAUCUCUGCUUUAAUCAAUAUGAUCAUUAUUGUGUUUGUAUAUUCAUUUUUAAUGUAACAAUAAAUGAAUCAACCCAA